AUGAGAAAAGGGAAGUUUUUCGAACAAGGUGACGAAGGAAAUAGUGACGAAGAUCAAGAACCUCUAAGUGAAAAUUAUGAGAAAGGGGAUUUUCUGGAUUGGGAUUACGCCACAUCGAGAGAGUUUUGGAUCAAGGUUCAUGAAAAGCAGAGUGAAGGAUUGUCAUGGAGCAGAGCUAUGAACGAAGUUCGAGUUGAAAGGCUAAUUCAGAAUUACAAGGUAAAUGGAGAACUGGACGGUGAGGACCCAGCCCUUGUGAUGUUAAAACGGUGGCCAGCAUCCAGGCGGUACAGAGAAAGCCCUGACAAACUUCCAGGCCUUGAAAAGCUGGUAAAUCUGUUUUUGGAGAUUCUGUUAGAUAGCGAACUGAACUUGGAGAACAGAUAUGAGGUAUAUAAAGAUGAAGAAGACAAAACAAAGAAAACUUUGCUUCACUAUGCUGCUGAACUUGGGUUUUUGCAAGUUACAAAAACACUUGUGAAGAACUGUCCUAGACUUCUGGCUGUAGAGACUGAACUUCAAUUGGUACCAGAGAAAAAAAGUGCCAUGUUACCAGUUGAAAUGGCUGUAAAUGCAGAAAAUGAUGAAGUAGCAGCAUAUUUGAUUAGAACAAUGUGGCAUGAUAGGGUGAAAAGUUUAUUUUCUUGGAGACCAGAGGAUAGGACAGUUCCUCUGCCAUCUAUCCUUAGUUUCAAGUCCAUUAUUGAGAAUCCUAAAAUGAAGAAAACAGUUGUGGCUGUGCUUGACCAGAUGCUAAACCCUCACUGGCCUUACCUUCCAAAACGAAAGGACCAUUAUGUCUCUCAAGAAGAAAAGGAAGGAAUUGAAGGAGUCUGGAAGACCAUCCCAGAAGAUCCAUUGAACUAUUGCUUUCAUUAUGCUAUCUUGGAUAGUGAUGAGGGAGGGCGACCUCCAAAAGUUUUGUUGUCAGGAGGACACACAGAGUCAGAUAACAAAUAUUUCAACUGGAGAGACAAGUCAUGUUUAAACAUGAUUGCAAAGAGCAAUAACAAGGAGGCUCUACAACAUCCAGUUGUCAGAAUGUUGAUUAAGACAAAAUGGAAAAGUUAUGGACAUUUCUUUCUCAGCCUUCAAGUGGUAUUGUAUGUAAUUUUUUUGCUGUGCUUGUCAUAUUCUCUGCUGUAUGGUUCUACCAAACUGGACCCCACUCUGUAUAGUGGUGCAGCAGAUCUAUGGUGUGGAUUUUGUGAGAUUGUCACUCUUCUCAUGGUUGUCUUUUACAUCUGUGAGGAAGUUAAUCAAAUGAGAAUAGAGAGGUAUUCCUACUUCUCAGAGUGGAUGGCCCUAUUUGACUGGUUAGGUCUGUUGCUGGUCCUCGGUAUAAUACCCUUACGGCUCACCAGCAGCAAAGCACAAUGGACAGUUGCAUCUUUAGCUAUCUUGUUUAAUUUCAUGAGGAUUUUUAAGUUCUCAUGUGUGACAAGGACUACAGGACUAUACACAAAAACCUUGGCUAAGAUCAUUCAGCAAGACUUGACAAGAUUCAUGACAGUUUUUGUUGCGAUUUUCCUUCCCUUCUGUGGGGCUUUAUUUUUAUCUCUCCGUUCAUCCAAUCAAAACCAAGAAUUAAGUGGCUUUGGAGAUGUAUUGUUGAGCGGUGUUCUUGCUCUCUUUGAGCAACGAUCCAUUGUGGCAGAUUAUUCAAGCUUCAAUUGGCUCUCCACUCUGUUGAUGCUAGCGUACAUGGGAACUGUACUUGUGAUUUUACUAAACAUACUCAUAGCACAGAUGAGCACAACUUACAUUCAGGCCAAGAAAGUCGCCCGUGUGGAGUAUGAUGUGGAUCGUAUUUUACAGCUCACUCGUAUGGAGAGAUUUCCUUUUCUGAAUUUACGCGUGAAGUAUUACAAAGAGGGAGAAUGGAUCAGUGAAAAGAAACUUGCGGAAGAGCUCCUUGAAUUCAGUGAAGAUCGCAAUCCUUGGGAAUCAGUGGAAGAAAAGCUUAACGCGAUAAGGGAUGUGAUGAGAAAGAUGGUAAAACAGACGAGACCUGAUAGAGGGUGA